GACCUUUGAGACACCUAGAAGUCACCAGCCCGGACUCCCUGCCCCCUCAUUGGAGAAGACAGGUCAGGUGACACCCAAGCUAAACCUGCUCAGUCUGGUUUUCUGAUCACAGCAGCUGGAAGUUCACCGACUGCCCUCAGACCGCCUUCAGCCUCCCGGGGCUUCGCUGUCACCUGAGGCCGUAGCAGAGCUACCAGAAAGCGUACGCAGUGGCCCCUCGCCCUGAACAGCUCAGAAAUGAUGCAAAGUGGGAAGGCUCUGGCCUUUUAGCAGUCAAUGAAGUGAAUCAACAUCAGCAGAUGGGGAGGACAGCAGAAGAAAAGUGACCUGAAGACUCCAUCAAUGAGGGAGCUGCCCACCCCCUCAACCACCUUAGGGGCUAGGGUGUGUGCAGACAUAAAGAGCAGCCUUGCCUCCUGCUCUGAGCAGCUGGCUCUCUGAGGGUCACCAGCACCAAGUAGAUCCCCCCAUGACAAUGUCUUCCAUUAAGAUUGAGUGUGUCCUGCCUGAGAACUACCGGUGUAGUGAGUCUCCAUUGUGGGAGGAAGCAUCCAACUCUCUGAUCUUCGUAGAUAUUCCUGCCAAAAAAGUUUGCCGGUGGGAUUCGCUCAGCAAGCAAGUUCAUCACGUGACCGUGGAUGCCCCAGUCAGCUCUGUGGCCCUCCGCCAGUCGGGAGGCUAUGUCGCCACAAUUGGAACAAAGUUCUGUGCUUUGAACUGGGAAGAUCAGUCAGUCACUGUCCUGGCCACAGUAGAGAAAGACAAGAAAAACAAUCGAUUCAAUGAUGGGAAGGUGGAUCCCGCUGGGAGAUACUUUGCUGGCACCAUGGCUGAAGAAACAGCCCCGGCAGUUCUAGAACGGCACCAAGGGUCCCUGUACUCCCUCUUUCCUGACCACCAUGUGGAAAAGUACUUUGACCAGGUGGACAUCUCCAAUGGUUUGGAUUGGUCCCUGGACCACAAAAUCUUUUAUUACAUCGACAGCCUGUCCUACUCAGUGGAUGCCUUUGACUAUGACCUGCAAACAGGAAAGAUCUCCAACCGUAGAAGUGUUUACAAGCUGGAGAAAGAAGAACAAAUCCCAGAUGGAAUGUGUAUCGAUGCUGAGGGGAAGCUGUGGGUGGCCUGUUAUAAUGGAGGAAGAGUGAUUUGUUUAGAUCCUGAGACAGGGAAAAGACUCCAAACCGUUAUGCUGCCUGUUGAUAAAACAACUUCAUGCUGCUUUGGAGGGAAGUUUUACUCUGAAAUGUAUGUGACCUGUGCCCGGGAUGGAAUGGAUCCUGAGGAUCUUUUGCGGCAACCUAAAGCUGGUGGAAUUUUCAAGAUAACUGGCCUGGGGGCCAAAGGAAUUCCUCCCAAUCCUUAUAUAGGAUAAGUGACAGGCCUUUCCUACUGGAGGAAACUUUGAAGACAACUAAAAAAUUCUGGACUGAAAUUUCAAUCUAGUUACCAAAAGAUGAGGCAAUGAUAUAAUAAUUAAAUUUUUAUUUUCUAUUUUUAAAAUGUAAAUAUUUUUAACAAGGGGUGGCAGGUGGAUUUGAUAACAUGCCAUAAGUCCUUCUGCAAAUGUACUACAUAAAUGUCAAGAAUUGUUCUACUGUCAGCCAGCCUCUUGACUAUGAAGAUUGCUGGUAGACAGGGGGAGAGGGAAGAAACUGUAUCUGUUCUGUAUUCUGCAUUCCAUACUUACUAUACCUAAACCUUCAAACAAACUAAUAAAUAAUAAUCUGGUAAAGUCAUUAUAAUUAUGUUCCUUGUUAUAUUCAUCAUCAUUGUAAAAUGUGCUGCAAUGGUAACCUACAUUCAUAUUACUCUUCCUAUGUAUAUUUUUUUCUGAAUGUUUAAUUUUUAUUACAUUUUUCCCAUUACCAUUUAGUCCCCUUAUACCCAACCCCCCAUGCAGUCACCACACUGUUAUCCAUGUCUAUAAGUCCUUUUUCCUUUUUGCUCAAUCUCUCCACCCACUAAUCUCCCUCCCUCCUUAACUGUCAUAUCCUGCUCUGUAUCCAAGACUUUGUCUGUAUUUUGCUUGUUAAUUCAGUUUGUUCAUUAGAUUCCAAAUAUAAGUGAAAUCAUAUGGUA